UGAGGAGAUUUGAGCAUAUUCACAGCUGACGGUGGAGACGGAGGAUGGACGGUCCAGGAGUUAGAGGGGCGUUAAUGACUUCCCGCCCUCUCCAUUUGCCAGCUCCGCCCCUAUGUGACGUGCAAGAACUCACAAAGACUACAACUCCCAGAAGGCACCGCGGCGUGGGCGGAGCCAAAGCCUGGCGCGCACCCCAGCGGCGAGCGGAAGAGCAGGCGAUUCAUGGUGGCAGCGGAAGCGGAGAGCGACGGCGUCCCGACUGAAGUGGUGCCAUGCAGCAAGAAGCAGAGAGAUGCAGAGCUCGAACCAAGAGGCCUGACAUGGCACUUUAUGUACCUAAAGCUCGAAGGGGUCCAGCAGGUGACAAAGAAGAAAGCUAUAGGCCUCCUCCUGCCUUUGUGCUGAAACCAAAAGACGGUUGUCUUCCACAGAAGAUCUCUGGAAAGAGACCUGAGUCUCACAGACUAAGUGACCACUCUGAUAGAAAGGAGUGUGACUCUAGGGAAGGCAAGAGAGCUUCAUCAAAAUUAAGGAAAGACAGGUGCCUCCAGAAAAAGAAUGAAGAUAAGGUUUGUACUAAGAGAGUAACUGAAGAAUCCAAAGAAGCCUCAUCCCAAGAGCAUCAACACAGAGCCCCCAGUGCUGGAAUUAUAUCUAGUAUACCUCUUCAAAGACUUCUUAAAACAAAGGAAACUGAGUGUUUGGAAGUUCCAACUGCAGGAGUGACGGGACAUCAGGAGGUGCUUCCGUUGAAGUCUUACUCAGAAGUCAGUGAUGCUCAGGUUCUAAACAGACCAUUCCAGAACAUAGGCCUUUGUGAUUUCACUGGAGAAACUUGUGUAAAUAGAAAUUUGGAAAGCAGAAUUGAAACUGAAGCCAAAGUAAUGGAGUUGGUCUCCCAGUUUCCUCAAGUUGUUACCGCUCCAUUGAAACCAGGGGAUAUGGCUAUGCCAGUAACGCUAAGUUCUGAUUCUGAAACUGCACUGUGUAGUGUCGAAACAUCAGAUGGCGUGUCAAAGCACAGUCCUGGGAGCAUCUCUGCAGUUUCUUUUCCUGGAGGUCCAAAUGAUGAUGCUGAUCCAACUUUUAUAGACUUUGAAGCUGAGAGUGAGGAUACAGUCAAUACCCCAGAGUCUGCCUUGGGUCAGAAAGGUGUAGAUUCCAUUCCUGAGACUAUGGGUAACAUUUCUCUUAAAAUGGCUAUAGUCAGCAAGUUAGAGAGCACAAAUGGCAUUAUUGAUCCAACAGUGACUAGAGAAUGUGAGAGUGACAGCUCUGCUGAUGAGUUGUGUGUAAAGUAUGAACUUUCUGAUACAACUGUCCUCGCUCAUGAAAUAGACACAGAUAAUGGAUUUAAGAACGUACGUGACACUACCAGCAAGGCAUGUAUGGAGGACAUGGCAGGUGCAGUUUGUGAUCAUGAAACUGCAGGCAGGCCUUGUAUAGUUGCAGUUAAAGAAUCUGAUGAGAGUAGUAGCAAUACAAGUAAUUUCUCAGAUUAUAUAGAAAUGAGUGCAGAUGUAGCCCUUCUCAAUGCAGCUAAAAGUGAGACCGACUCUGAAAAUGUUGGCAGCCUAACUGCUUGCCCAGAUAUUUAUGCUGAGAGUAUUGCUUCCAGUUUUACAGAGUCAACAGGAAAGUUGAUAGAGAGUGUGUCAGGGUGUGCUUCUUCUUUCCUCAUAAAGAAGAUUGCUGACAGUAAUUGUACCACUUGUUUGGACUCUGAACUGAGUGUGUCUAAUGGGACAGAAGUCCUUUUGGAGAGCGCCUUGGGCAGUGAUCUGAAUAGUACUGAGGAGAUAACAGAGGCGUUGCACGAACUAAGAACUGCUGCUGAAGAGUUUAAAACAAAGGAGGAAGAUGACUCAGAGAAUGCAGUGUGUGGCCUAUCAUUUUCUGACAGAGAUUCAUCUGUGGAAACAUCCAUAGAGCUAAAAACAACAGGCACGUCUCAUGUGGAAGGAAGUAUUGCUGAGGAGGAAAGCUGGGAAUCUAUGUUUAAUGAUGAUGGGGACUGUGUAGAUCCACGUCUUCUCCAAGAGUUAUCAGGGAAUAUGAAGAACAGAAAAAGCAUUCAGGAGCCUAGAUUUGAUUAUUACAGCCAUGAACUUCCUGAUAUUGACCUCAGUGAAUCUGAAUUCCCACAUGUUAUUGAAAUUUAUGACUUUCCUCAAGAAUUUCGUACAGAAGACCUUUUGCGGAUUUUCUGCAGUUACCAAAAGAAAGGAUUUGAUAUUAAAUGGGUAGAUGACACGCAUGCCCUAGGUGUAUUCUCCAGUCCAAUCACAGCUCGUGAUGCUCUGGGUAUUAAACAUACCAUGGUGAAGAUUCGGCCCUUGUCACAGGCCACAAGAGCAGCCAAGGCCAAAGCUAGAGCUUGUGCUGAGUUUCUCCAGCCUGCAAAGGAGCGACCUGAGACAUCAGCAGCCUUAGCCAGAAGGUUAGUCAUCAGUGCCCUUGGGGUUCGAAGCAAACAGAACAGAACUGAGCGGGAAGCAGAGCUCAAGAAACUGCAAGAAGCCCGAGAGAGAAAACGGUUGGAAGCCAAGCAGCGGGAAGACAUCUGGGAAGGCAGAGGCCAAUCUGCAGUUUGACUAUCACUUACUGAAAGGGUGAAUCCAUGAAUCAGGAAGUGUUUUCAUGUUCUUGAGACAAGAGGAUCCUUCCAGAGCUGUGUACAUGCAGAUGAGCAUGUUAAAGAAAACGUGAACAAGACAAAGGACAGGAGGGUUCAAGUGAGAACAAGGAGUCCGGUCCUCACCCCUGCAUUGGAACUGCCCUCCAGUGGAAGAUGUUAAAAGUAACCAUCAAGUGAGAAGAAAAGGAAGAAGUGGCUUCUGAGAGUCCUCUGGGUAGAAGAGGUCACAUUAGUGUGGGUCACACUCCCAGGGGGAGUCUAAAGCAAGUGCGGAGCAGAACGGAGGACUCACCCUGCAGUGACAGGAGUGGGGGCCCGUGUGGCAGGGUACUCCUCAGUGCUUCACUGAGAGCCGCAAGGGGGUGGUGGGAAGCAGGUCACAGAGUGCCUGGUGUACUUGGCAGAUAGCGUCUACACUGCUGGCUCCACAACUCUACAGCCAGGGAAGCGUGGCACAUGUGGGUAUUUGGACUCCUGAGUUUGUGCUAAGCUUGGUGCCUGGUACUGCGCCAGCUGCACAGCAGCCGGGGUCUCCCCUCCCUCUCAACCAGCCAGCCCCAGGGAGCUUAGUGCCAGCUCCAAUUUCAGCAAUGAUAUGUUGUGAGAAAGAGAGAUUAAAGGCUGUUUUAUAAUAUAAA